UAAAAGUAAAAUUUGUAAAGAAAAUUGGUGUCCAAAUCUGUGAACUGAAAACUGAAAAUUGAAAACUGUAACUGGAAAGCUCAAGAAAAAAAUGAUAUUGGGUUUUGGAGGAGGACCUCCAUCUCCAUUUCCAUUUCCAUCAUCCCGCAAUUCAGAUAAUUGCUUUCCGCCAUUAAACCCAGCUUUUUUGUUCUCAAACUCCGUCUCUCUUCAUCGCCAUCCUCGUCUUUCUCUCUUCCUCUGCUCUUCGGUUAAGGGAGCAUUGAAGAGAUGGGGGAGACACCUAAAGCAAUUGAACUUUUUCCAGAGUUUAAAUGAUGUUAUUGUUACCUCAACAGCAUAUACCUCAUGCUUCUGUUUCUUGAAUGGUAAAUCAUCAGGACAGGACAAAGGCGAUGAAGCAAGCUCACCACAAGGUGCAUCAAGAAAUAAUUUCAUUCUACGGGGGCGUUGUACCAGUACCCUCCUUGCUGUCAAUGUGCUGCUUUAUGUUGCACAAGUUGCCACACGAGGGAGGCUAAUGCUGUGGGGUGCUAAGGUGAAUAGACUAAUUGAUGAAGGACAGUUAUGGAGGCUGGUGACAUCAGCCUUUCUACAUGCAAAUGUUGGGCAUCUGUUGGUGAACUGCUAUUCGUUAAAUUCUGUUGGUCCCUCUGUAGAGAAUAUUUGUGGAACUCGAAGAUUCUUCACCAUCUAUUUUGCCUCUGCUGUUGCAAGUUCUGCCAUGAGCUAUUGGUUGUCUAAAGCUCCUGCUGUUGGUGCAUCAGGAGCCAUUUUUGGACUGGUUGGCUCGGUUGCUGUGUUUUCCAUGAGGCAUAGAAGACUUCUCGGAUCUGGUGGACAGGAUUUGAAGCAUAUAGCACAAGUCAUUGUGUUGAAUAUGGUUAUCGGACUUGCGUCUAGUGGGAUAGACAACUGGGGCCAUUUGGGAGGCUUGAUUGGCGGAGCAGCUGUCUCAUGGCUAGUUGGUCCUGCAUGGACAUACGAUUACACUACUAAAGACGGACGUAAAGUGUUUGUCGACAAAGCUCCUAUCUACCUCUUCAAUCGUAAGAACGCUCGUUGAUUAAAUCGACGAUACAUCAAAAAUGUUAUUCUUGAUGUCCAAAGAUUCAAACUUUUGAUGUACUGAAGAAUCCUUUGUAUUUUUGGUUGAAAUGUUCAAAAUCAACAUUUCAACAUAGCUUAUACUUCUAUAAGAAAGCAUAAUUAAUCGCUACUAUGUUCGUAA